GUCUCGAAUGAAUACUGUAGUAGAGAAUCGCGAUUUGAAUUUUUUUUUAACAAACAACCCUUUUAACAUGAUUAUAUUUAUAUAAAAGCAAUUCCUCCAGCACUCAAGGUGCGUAUCUGAAACCAUGCUAAGUUUGAAUUAGUGCAAUAUUUAUUGUCCUAAAAAUCAAUAGAAUUGUGACAAAGGAGAUGGAUUCUUUUUUCAGUCUUUUUGAUCCCAGUAAUGGGAAUGAUUGCUCUAUGAACGAAGAUUUUGCUCUUAAUAAUUUGCUGAAUGAAAAUUCCCUGCCUCCUGAACCCCAGCUUGGAAAUGUUGAAUACAAAUUAAAAAUUGUUAAUCCAACCAAACAAAGGUUUGAACAUCUAGUUACCCAGCUUAAGUGGAGACUUCGCGAAGGUAACGGCGAAGCCAUUUAUGAAAUAGGUGUCGAAGACAGUGGAAUUCUUGCUGGAUUGUCUAAACGUGAUAUGACAGCUAGUUUACAAACUUUGGAGCAAAUGGCUAAAAAACUUGGAGCAAGCACAACUCUACUCAGAGAAAAGCAACUGGACAAUUCACGUAGUGUGGCUGAAGUUCUAGUAAGAAAAAUUCCCGAUGAUCAGAAUAACAUUGAAAUAAGGGUGGCUGUUUUGGGAAAUGCAGAUGCCGGGAAAAGUACAUUAUUAGGAGUGUUGACGCAGGGAAACUUGGAUAAUGGUAGAGGCAAAGCAAGGCUAAAUAUGUUCCGCCACUUACAUGAAAUACAAAGUGGCCGAACUUCAUCCAUAUCUCACGAGAUUUUAGGCUUCAACUCGCAGGGUGAACCUAUUAAUUAUAGUUCCAGUGAAUUAAUCACUGCAGAGGAGAUUUGCGACAGAAGUACAAAACUUAUAACAUUUCUGGAUUUGGCCGGACAUAAGAAAUAUAUUCGCACAACCAUACAGGGUCUAUCGGGUUAUUCGCCUCAUCAUGCAAUGCUUGUAAUUUCAAGUACCGCGGGUGCAGUGGGAAUGGCUCACGAACACCUAGCUAUAGCGGUCGCUCUGAAUGUACCAUUUUUCAUUGUGAUUACUAAAAUCGACUUGACUGACCCUGCGAAUACCCUACAAAGUCUCGAAUCUUUUUUGAAACAAGUGGGUAGCAGACGUGUACCUCUCAUAAUCAAGAACUUGGAUGACGUAAUCACUGCAGGAGCAAACCAGUUAACAGAGAAUAUUGUUCCAAUAUUUUGUGUGUCUAGCGUCAGCGGGGACGGCUUGGAGUUGCUCUUAAAAUUUUUACAUGUGCUUCCCCCCGGCAGCAGCUCGAAGGAAAAGGAGAGACUAGAACAGGAAUUACCGGAAUUUCAUAUCGACGAAAAUUUCCGGGCUGGAGCUGUGGGGCAAGUUUUUGGCGGGCUAUUAACCAAAGGUGUGAUCAUCGAAGGUGCCCAGAUGCAAAUAGGACCAAUGAAAAAUGGCUCUUUCCAAAGCGUAGUCGUAAAAUCUAUUCAUAGAAAUCGAGUACCAUGCAGAAUGGUACGAGCGGGACAAAGUGCCGCAAUCUCUCUAGAUAGUUACCUGCCUAAUUUGAGAAACGGAAUGGUUUUAGUUUCGAAAGAGCACACGGCUCAUGGAUGCCUAUUUUUCCAAGCGACCGUAUCAGUUCUCUUCCACGCAACAGCUGUUUAUCCCGGUUUCCAAACCACUGUCCAUAUUGGAAAUAUAAGACAAACAGCAGUUGUCAUUGGUAUAUGUUCGUCGAAAUGUAUCCACACGAAUGAGAGAGAUUCAGUGCUUUUUAAAUUUAAAGUACAUCCUGAAUAUGUAACCGUUGGUCAAAGACUUCUCUUUAGAGAAGGUGCAUCUAAAGGUAUAGGCGAGAUCACUCAAAUAUUCCCACUGACCAAUGGGGAUGAUAACUAAGUAUGUGCUUUAAUUUUUGGAAUUGCUGACAGUGACUUAGUAUUUGUUUUUUGUUAUGUCCUUAAUUCUUAGCUCUCAUGCAUUGUUGUACAGAAGGUCGAUUGUGGUUGAAAAAAAUUAAGUCUCUAGUACUAGCAGUACUUUUGAUUGAUUUUAAAAGAAGUCUCUCAUUUGAAAAAAAAAAUCGCCUCUCAAGCUAAUUGAUUAUUUUAUAACUGACCAUAAAAAUUUCUUUUUUUUUUCCUAAAGGCAAAGAUUCGUGGAAACAUAUCGAGUUGCAAUACCUUCGAAACAUUAAUUAACUACUCUCUUAUAUGUUUAUUAUGGUAAUAACUUAUAAUUGUGUGACGAUAAAAGUUCAAAGUUAUUUUUUUAUUGAGAUAAGGUUGAGACUGCUUCAACCUUGAAACUAUUAAAUAUAUGUCCAGUUAAAAACUUUUUAUGAAAAACAACUGUGAUUAUAAAUAGUAGGUUAGGUUUCCAGUAUUGUGGGCCACAUUUUUCAAAUAGUGAAAAACAUGGCGUUAAAUUAAAUAGUACUUUCUAAAACACAAAUUGCGUACUAUGUCAAACUUGGAUCUCCGUUAAUAAAU